GCUGGACGAUGGGACGCCGUGACGACAGCAACACUCGCGUUCACUCGUGCUUUUCGCCAGCAUUUCUGCGACCAACCGCCAGGAUCGCGACAGGCAACAACAUGACACUCAAGUUUCUGUGACGUCAUUUGUUGCCACUUUGGGACCACUUUUGAUGUAUGGGCGGGAUGGGACGCUCAACACACCAGUCGAAGACGCGCUCCGGGCACCAUAGUAGUACACUUGGUACGCUUGGUACACUGUCGACAGACCUUUGCCUUCGCUGUCUGAACGUCGCAGUAUUGUAGUAAUCACUAAUCACAGCGUGCUGCAAGAAAUCUGACACCGAGGUAAGCGUCCACGGUUCAUUUUGUACGUUCUGCUGGUAUGGCCUAGCUGCUGACGUGCGUGAAGACACCAUGAGCGACAUCUCCGACGUGCAACAGCUGGGCGACCUGCUGAAACAGGACGGCGCCGACCACAGCCUGCUGGACACGUCCAGCCGGGUGGCCCAGUUCACUUUAGCAGUCAUGGUGAAGCUAGUCAAAGAACGACCCUGGCAAGUGGCCGAGCAACUCCUCGACCUGCUGCGGCAGGAAGGCAGGGCCCUGAUGCAGGUGGACCCCACCGAGACCGCCGUGGGAAACGUGGUCCGCCGCGUGCUCAAGCUGGUUCGUGACGACUACGCGAGCAUGUGCUGCGGCCGACAGGUCGAAGGGGACAACAGCGAGUCGUUGCAGAAGCUCGUGUCGGCCAAGGGCGACUCCGUGGACGACUACAGCCGGCCCCAGCCCGAACUUAGGGAGCGGCUGCUCGAGAGCCUGGACGAACUCGAGCGCGAGCUCGCCCUGAGCCGCGAGAACAUCGCAGCCCAAGCCCUCGAGCACAUCCACUCGGGACAGGUGAUCAUGACCACGGGGCGCUCCCGGACCGUCGAAGCCUUCCUCCGCCGGGCGGCGGCCCAACGCACCUUCCAGGUCAUGGUCGCAGAGUCUGCGCCGUCCUUCUCGGGCCUGGAGCUGGCUAGGGUACUGUCUCGAGCUGGCAUCCGGGUCACCGUGGUGCCGGACUCGGCGGUCCUCGCCAUCAUGCCCCGCGUCAGCAAGGUCAUCAUCGGCACCCAUAGCGUGAUGGCCGACGGAGGGCUCAAGGCGCCUUGCGGCGCCCAUGCGCUCGCCCUGGCCGCCCGCCAAUGUGCCGUGCCGCUCAUUGUGGUCGCGCCCGCCUUCAAGCUCACGCCGCAGUACCUGUGCUCCGAGGACCAGGAGGCCUUCCAGCGGUUCGGGUCGCCCGAGCGCGUGGCACCCUUCGAGACGGCCAGCAGCGCCGUGCAGCUCGUGGCGCCGGCCUUCGACUACGUGCCUCCAGACCUGGUACCCCUGCUGGUACUAAACUCCGGCGGCAACGCGCCCUCGUACGUGUACCGGCUCCUCAGCGAGAUGUACCACCCCGACGACUUUAAGCUCGGUGCUUGAUGUUGGCCAAACAUGAGACACCAUUUGAUAACGACGCUUUAUUCUUCUUUUUCUCCACGACCCGGUUCCGUAUCCUGCGGACGACGUGGGGCCUGCCCGGUCACUUGAGGUACCUGCACGGAAAGCCCCGGUUAACAAACCCACUUUAACGCAAAAGCACUCUACCAGUAUGGCACAGUGGUGUAGCCGGGAAUUUUUUUGGGAGGGGUCGAGGUGGCUCGGACGUCCCACUUUUAGGUGCGGGGGGGGGGGGGGUCGGGUCAAAAUGCACACAUAUUUUAUGAGGUCGGCUGAAUUUUCAAGAGGGGGCCGAAACCCCAUAGACUCUCCCCCUGGCCACGCCACUGGAAUGGUGCCUGGAGCACAUCCCCGACUGGUGUUCACCGCGUGGUCGCCCCGAUUUGCACCUUUUUACGUCGCAUUGUUCUCCGCCACGGCACUGGCACAUGCGUCAGACGCCCGUUCUGCCGCGGGCCCCUUCGCAGCUCGACACUCCCUCGAAAGCUUCGGUAACACGCACAUUCUCUCCCGCUUUUUUGUGGGAACUUGUAAGACAAACCGCCAAGAUAGAUAGAUCUCGCCGGCCGUUGGGUGCACGCGUGAAGCCGCCGUAACUUUAGUUUGCAGGAGGCUCCGCGCGUGCCUUCUCACACGGUGAGGUUGUCGCGCGUACGGAGAGACAUUCCCUCGAUGCGGUGCUGGCAUAGGCAAAGUAGCUGGCGAGAUAUUGGGGCGUCCACCAGAGUGACGCUCCGACUUCUGCAACAUCUCUCGUUUUUCCUUUGGGUCAACACUUGGGACGUGCGCCAGUCGGAGACGCCUUCCAAGCAGCCUGGUGUCCCCGGAAAGGGAGCAUUUCUUUAACCAAGCUGGGACAUCCUCAGCAGUUUGCUCCUUCUCCUCAAGCUUCCCGCCUCCCUAGUCCUCCCGAAUGGUCGUCGAGAUGCAUGUGCCUUCCCGACGUGAAAGUAGCAGUAAGGCUCUUUGCCCGUGUUUAACGAUUACUUCAGACCAAGCCCCGUACUGUUGUUCUACGAUCUGGACGGGUGGACGGUAGUAGCUAUACCCUUUGUAAUGGGUGCAGCUUGGGCCACCUAGCCUAACAUAUUGUAAUCUUUUCUCUUUUAAAAUUUGUAUAAAUUUUGUUUUACUCCUCCCCCCCCCCCCCCCCCCCCCUCUUUUUAAAGGGAAACUGAAGCGGUUCUCUAUUUGAGAAAAAACAUUUCAAUGGCCUUCAUUCUACCUCCAGGAUCAGGAAUAUCAAGAUUAUUUUUCAAUUUGGUGCACGGAGGCUUCAGAAAUUAAUUUUUAAAGUACCGCCGAAGCCCCUCCUUCCCGGGGCGUGACGUCACACUAGGAGCGUUCGGAAUAUCUGCUCUCGCGCAUCUUCAGCGCCUGUCAAAGCUAUGCACGCGCACUCUUGCUAUUUUCAGAAAGGUCAGAAAGAGACGUCACGACUGGUGUCAGUGCGGGGAAAUAUACCUGGCAAGCUUGCCGUUGCACGCGCUGAACACACGAGCGACACGCGCUUGGCGGCCCGAAGAUCCUAGUAUGACGUCACGACUGGUCGAAUGUUUUUCGCUUUUUCUCGCUUUUAGUUGCAUCUUCAGGGAAAACAAAAGUGAUAUUCAGAUCCACGGGAUAAAAAUACGCCAGAAUUCACCUCUAACUUGUUUUUUUCAAGAAGUGUUUCAGCUUCCCUUUAAAGUGUUACUAUUGCUUAUUUUUAUCUGCAUUUUUACCCCUCCCUAGAUUUUUUCCACCCAUCUUCCAAUCUCCUACCGCAAUUCUUUCCCUAUCCAUUCGUCCAUCCAUGUCUGCGAAUCCCAGUGCCCCUUCCAGAUCCAUAGUCAUCCCCACGUCCAAGAGGGUGGGACGACGCCCCGUGCACCUCAAAAUUGCAUGUUUUCUAUUUCCUGGAAUUUAGCCCUAUAUGUUUUCGUUCUUAGCACCCUGGUUCUAGCUUCAAACAGCCUCCAACGAGCUCUCCACUGAAUUAUCAUACAAAUGUUCCUUCUUUAUUUCUUGUUUUUGUGCCCUGUAUAUUGUUAAGGCUGAUUUCCCCUGCAUUCUCUCUUCCCACAAUUUCCUCACCGUUUCCUUUACUCGCUUCUCUACUUAUACGCUCUGAUCUUCCCCAUCUCGUUGAAUAUAUUUAGAUCUCGGCUCGCGGGUUCGGCUUUUCCACUUAGUAGUAUUUAGACUUUUCACAUAUAGAUGUACACUUUCGCUGCCCACCGUAUAUCCUCAAUUUCAGCUAGUCUUUGUUCAAAGUUUACUGAUCACUUCUCUACUCUCGAAAGAUACCCAACCCAUAUCCCCCUGUACUCCCUCAUUUGGUGUCUUCUCAUGUGCCCCCAACGCCAACCUGCCCACACUCCUUUGCUGUAUCUCUAAACUUGCCUAGAUUUAUGACCUGAUGCACAAUACAGCAUUCCUAAAUGACAGUCCUGGCACCAUGACUCCCUUCCAUACACCCCUAACGACUUCAUACCUAUUAUAGAUUGAAGCCCUGUGUUUCAUAACAGCUGAAUCUCGUUUCCCCUUCUUUAUUAGAAAAUCUUCAUGUUCUUUUAGACACUUUCUUCCCUCACUUAGCCAUACUCCCAGACUUUGUAUGUUUCUAUGUGUUCUAUCACCAUGUCCCGUAUCUCCAGGGGUUCCCCCUUCUCGUCAUUGAAAAUUAUUAUACCCGAUUAGCCCCUAUUGAAUUUUAGGCCUUAACUGUCCCCUUCCCUGCUGCAAAUCCUAAUCAGCUCCUGCAUUGUCUCACGACUUUCUGAUACAAGUACAAUGUCGUCUGCAUACAUUAAACCUGGCAAUACUUGGUUUACUUUAUGUCCUUCCUCCAUGUAAUCCAGGUGAAAACCUAGGUUGUACUGUUCUAAGCUUUUUUCAAUCCCACUGAUGUUUAUCAUAAAGAGCAGGGGAGACAAUGGGCAACCCUGUCUAACUCCUCUUUUUAUUGCUGCCGGUCUUGUAGUUUCGGCUUCCCAUGUUAUAACCAUGUAUUCUCCAUAUAAACUCGUUUAGAAACUUAACCAACCAUGGUUCCCCCUAGCGCAUAUCCCUUCAUUUGGUCCCAGAGUUUUUCCUGAUCCGUUGUUAUAUGCCCCUUUGAUGUCCAAAAUGCUACCCAUAAUGGCCCUUGACUUGUCAUUGCUAUCUCUAUGCACUGAGUGAUUACGAAUAAGUUAUCAUCUAGUCGUCUACCCGUUCUGAAACCGUUUUGAAGCUCCCCCAGAAUCUAAUCAUCCAGUUGAUGGCCAUUUUGUUAGGUGCCAGUGCAUCCCCUAUAGAUCGUCAUAGCUGCAAAGAGGACUUCUGAAGAGUGCCAGGAGUGACUGGUCCAGAUACGUCCAUUAUAUUUAGGGUUCCGCGUUUUCGGUUUCUAUUGUUCCGAAAUUCGGCAUACUUUUUUCGGUGUUUAUUAUAAAAUUCAAUUUUCGGUUUCUUUCGGCGUAUAUUCAUGCCCACAAAAGUUAAUCGUCUUUUUUCGGUUAAUAUAAAAUAAACACCAACGGACACCGGAGCAGAUGAUCCUUGCACAUCCGCCGAAAGAGACACGGUGCGACGUUUUGAAGCACAACACAAGAUGCAGAGCUUGCAUCAAGUUAGUCUUCCUUGCAACGAGUUUGAAAACACGCUCGUACAUGGCAAAGUCAUGGCGCAUUUCGGACUUCAGGUUCCGAUCGAUGAUGCGCACAAUAAACCAAAACGUCGUGAUGGCACCCGUGUAUCCAAUACGUUCGAACACGUUUCGAUAGACACUGUCGUUCCACUUUUUCGCCACGGCUCUGCGGUACUACUGGAAGGUCAAAGUGACCUUUUCCUGUUAAAACUGAAUUUAAAAAAAAAUGGAUUCGACGAAAUUUUAUCUGUUUUUAUCGGUUUAAAUAAAAAUGCCAAACCUAAAAACUGACCUUUUUCGGUUAAAACCGAAUUUCCAAAAAUGGAUUCGGCGUACUUUUAUCGGUUUAAACCGAAAACUCCGAACCCUAACUAUAUUGUUGAAAGCUCGUGUACUAUAUGUAUUCAAAGUUGGCCAAAUAGCAGACCAUUUUUUCUGCUAAACUGAGAUGUCGGCGGCCUCUGGCAUGACAUUAGACCCUGCCGCUUCCUCACACAGACCACACCGCAGGUUUGACUUUAAAUGGGGUUAGACAGGAACACUGGGCAGCACUCCAAUUGGCAUUGUUCGGCAUCCUCUUCUUCUUGCGCAGAUCGUUUUCCUUUUUGCCUGCCCCUACCCCCACUUUGUGACUUGCUGUCCGCCCCCACUGCGUCGACUUCGUGAUGACGCGGCCCGCCGCAGCAAAAGGUUUCCGACUCCCGUUUUAGGGUAUUGCCCGGGAAACACAUAUACUGUUUUGUGCACUGCAAGAAUAAACGGUGCAUUGCAGAAGAAAUUCCGGACCCCCAGAAUGUUGCACUAAGGGUUUGAAUAAGAUAUGAAAGUUUUGUGACUACACAUUACUAUUAGAAUCAAAAGUUAUAAGCAAGUUUUGGAAACCGUCAAUAAAAAAAUGUUGGGUGGGGCCCACAA